AUGCUUCUUCUUCCGGUUCCACUGCCAGGGUCGACUCGCUUCCCUUCCUUUCAAUUGGCUUCUCCAAUACUCAUCCGCCACCACCAACACCAUAUGUUCCAUUUGUGGUCUCUGUCCGCCACCACAGCCGCUGCCGUUACCAACUCAUCCCAAGCCCAUCUACCCCCAAUUCCAUCCUCAACCUCAACCUCAAACUCAAGACGGCGCUCUUUUGACGACCACCAAGCUGCCGUUUCCCGCUAUGACUUCGGCCCCCUCCUCACCUUCCUCGCCGCCAAGUCAAUGUCAAUGUCAUCUUCCGCUUCCUCCCCAACCUCACUCGACCCAGCCGAGUUCCAGCUGGCCGAGUCGUACCGGGCCGUGCCCGCCCCACUCUGGCACUCCCUCCUCAAAUCUCUCUGCUCCUCCUCCUCCUCCGACAUACAACUAGCCUACGCCGUCGUUUCCUGGCUCCAAAAGCACAACCUCUGCUUCUCCUACGAACUCCUCUACUCCAUCCUCAUCCACGCCCUCGGCCGCUCCGAGAAACUCUACGAGGCUUUCUUGCUCUCCCAGCGACAAUCCUUAACACCGCUCACCUACAAUGCCCUCAUAGGCGCUUGUGCCCGCAACGGCGACCUCGAGAAGGCCCUCCAUUUGAUGUCCCGCAUGCGCCAAGACGGUUAUCGCUCCGACUUCGUCAAUUACAGCUUGAUCAUUCAAUCCCUCUCCCGCUCCAACAAGAUUGAUUCCCCCAUUAUGAUCAAGCUUUACCGGGAGAUUGAGUCGGAGAGCAUUGAGAUUGAUGGCCAGCUCUACAACGACAUCAUUGCUGGUUUCGCAAAAGCCGGUGAGCCCACGCAGGCUAUGCAUCUGCUCGCCAUGGUCCAGGCCACUGGCUUGAGCCCCAAAACCGCCACUCUGGUUGCCCUCAUCUCCGCCCUAGGGAAUUGCGGUAGGGUGGUUGAAGCCGAAGCUAUCUUCGAGGAGAUGAAAGAAGGAGGAUUGCAGCCCAGGACCAGGGCUUACAAUGCCCUGCUCAAAGGCUAUGUAAAGGCUGCUCAAUUGAAAGACGCCGAAUCCAUCGUGUCUCAGAUGGAGAGGAGCGGCAUUUCACCCGAUGAGCACACAUACAGCCUGCUCAUUGAUGCCUAUGCGAAUGCGGGGAGGUGGGAAAGCGCAAGAAUUGUGCUGAAAGAGAUGGAAGCCAGCAAUGUGCAGCCUAAUUCCUACGUUUUCAGUAGGAUCUUAGCCAGCUACCGUGAUAGAGGAGAGUGGCAAAAGUCGUUCCAAGUAUUGAGGGAGAUGAAGAGCAGCGGGGUAAGACCCGACAGGCAUUUUACAAUGUCAUGA